AUGCCGGUCGUGCAGCUGUUUUGCCUGUACGUCUCCGUCGCGCUGUUCAUCGACUUUGUGUACCAGCUGACCUUCUUCACGGCGCUGAUGACGUUCGUCGUCCGCCGCCAAAUCGCCAUCGACGAGAAGCUGCAGGCCAGCGGGCAAUCUAGCGAGACGAGCUCGAUCCAGCGGUGGCGGGACAAGCUGCGCGAGAACUCGAUGCUGUCGCUGUCGUUUGAGACGAGCAAAAAGUUUGUCCAAGAGACGAGCGCCAACUACGACUGGCUCGACUGGUUCGUCGACUGGCUUCACACCGGAUGCGCCAAGUUCACCAUAGCACUCAUCUUCUUUGCGCAUAUCGGCAUCAGCUCCUACCUGGCGACGAAGGUGAACACCGACUUCGACAUGGAAAACCUGUACCUGGCCAACUCGCCGUUGACCGACAUCAGCCGGCGUAUGCAGGACUUCGUCUUGAAGGAAUCCUUCGUCGACAACUUUGCCGUCUACCCGAUGCCCGACUUUUCCAAUGAAACGGUUCGCGACCGCUUCGAGGCAAUGGUCAACCAGCUGGAGACGAUCCCACGAUUCUCCGGCGGGCCGAACAAUACGAAUUUGUGGUUGAGAAAGUAUAAGGAAACGAUCGCCUUCUGGGGUGAAGACGAAGAGUCGUGGGCGGACCAGACGAUGCUCGCCAACUUCCGUGACAACGACCUCGAGGAGAAGUUCAUCACCAUCGGGAAAAACUCCGCCGGCAACGAGGUGAUCGACGGGUUCUUCUUCAGCGUCGUCUACCAGAAUCUGAGCUCGUUCCUGGAGGUGGAGGAAAUGAUGCAGAUACGCCGUAACAUAAUUGCGCAGUAUCCAGAAUUUACGGUUCACGCUCAUCAUCCGUUUGAAAAGGUUCCGACCGAAAGUGCGGCAGCGGCUCCGUCGAACUUCUUGCAGACGGCGGUAUCCGCCGUCAUCAUGAUGUCGCUGCUGGUGUGGGUGUUUGUGAUGAAGGCCGAGGCAAUUCUCUCCGUCUCGAUUUCCAUCGUUUCGAUCUGCGUUGGUAUCGUCGGCUACCUCCACGUGUGGGGUGUCCACCUUGACGCCGUGUCCCUCAUCUCGAUCCUGAUGUCCGUCGGCUUUUCCGUCGACUACUCGGCCCACGUCUGCUACCACUACUUUGCCCAUGCUGCUGACGCGGAGCAUGAUAGCGAGCAAGAA